CAGCGCGCUCGACAGGAUGACGGGAGGAAUAUUCGCCUACAUCAACUACCUGACGCCCAAGAGCCGCAAGGAGAUCCUGGAACUUCUGGUCGGUGGCCUGAAGCGCCUGGAGUAUCGCGGAUACGACUCGGCCGGCGUCGCCCUUGACUCGGACGACGGCAAGGAUAUCGCCAUCAUUAAGAAGCAAGGAAAAGUGAAGGCCCUCGAGGACGAAAUCUUCCAGCACACGAAGCUCGACUUCGACUUGCGGAUCGAGAGCCACGUGGGCAUCGCGCACACGCGCUGGGCCACCCACGGCGUGCCCUCCGAAGUCAACUCUCAUCCGCAGAGGUCCGACGUCGACCACUCGUUCGUCGUCGUGCACAAUGGAAUCAUCACCAACUACAAGGACAUCAAGAUCCUGCUGGAGCACCGCGGCUACAGCUUCGAGAGCGAGACCGACACGGAGAUCAUCGCCAAGUUGAUUCACCAUCUGUGGACUCAGCAUCCAAAUUAUUCGUUCCGCGAACUUGUCGAGCAAGUCGUCCAGCAACUCGAAGGCGCGUUCGCGCUCUGCUUCAAGAGCAAGCACUUCCCCGACGAGUGCGUUGCUACCAGGCGCGGCUCGCCUCUGCUCGUCGGCAUCAAAACCAAGACCAGAUUAGCCACGGAUCAUGUGCCUAUCCUCUACGGCAAAGAUGACCUUCCAAGCACUGCCAAAGAAUCUGCACCGGCCAACCAAAAAGAGCACCGGCCCCACCGUGACUACCCCAUAAUGCCACGAAGCGAGAGUACUUCCGAGUUCCAGCCGCUCGAAGACAAAGAAGUCGAGUACUUUUUCGCGUCUGAUGCCGCGUCUGUUAUCGAGCACACCAAUCGUGUCAUUUUUCUUGAGGACGACGACGUAGCCGCCGUGAAAGUAGGCGCACUCAGCAUUCAUCGACUUCGCCGCUCGGGCGACGAUGCCCACGCCCGCGAGAUCCACACUCUGAAGAUGGAAAUCCAGCAAAUCAUGAAGGGCAACUACGAGUACUUUAUGCAGAAAGAAAUUUUCGAGCAGCCCGAGUCGGUCGUGAACACCAUGAGGGGACGGCUCAACUUCCGCGACAAUACCGUCACUUUGGGCGGCAUCAAGGACUACAUACCCGAAAUAAAGCGCUGCAGGCGCCUGAUGCUCAUCGGCUGCGGCACCAGCUACCAUUCCGCCGUGGCGACCAGGCAACUUUUAGAAGAGCUCACCGAGUUGCCCGUCAUGGUCGAGCUUGCGUCGGAUUUCCUCGACAGGCAUACUCCGGUAUUCCGCGACGACGUUUGCUUCUUCAUCUCGCAAUCGGGAGAAACCGCCGACACAUUGAUGGCACUGAGAUACUGCAAGGGACGUGGCGCCUUGAUCGUCGGCAUCACCAACACCGUGGGCAGCAGCAUCUGUCGCGAGUCCCACUGUGGUGUUCACAUCAACGCCGGGCCUGAAAUCGGUGUCGCCAGCACGAAGGCCUAUACCUCGCAGUUCAUCUCGCUUGUUAUGUUCGCUCUGGUCAUGAGCGAGGAUAGACUUUCUCUUCGUACCAGACGCUUGGAGAUCAUAGAAGGACUAAAGAACCUGGACAAUCAGAUUCGCCAGGUGCUAAGGCUCGACGAGGAAGUGAAAGAGCUUGCAAAAUCACUAUUCCAGCACAAAUCUCUGCUGAUCAUGGGCCGAGGAUACAACUUUGCUACCUGCAUGGAGGGAGCACUGAAAGUCAAGGAAUUGACCUACAUGCACAGCGAAGGCAUCAUGGCUGGAGAAUUGAAGCAUGGACCGCUCGCUCUCGUCGACGGCUCUAUGCCCGUCAUUAUGAUCGUCAUGAGGGACCCCGUAUAUACUAAAUGCAUGAACGCCCUGCAGCAAGUAACAGCCCGCGAUGGCCGACCAAUACUUAUCUGCGAGGAAGACGACAAGGAAACGAUGAGCUUCGCCUCGAAGGUGCUCGAGAUUCCGAAAACCGUCGACUGCUUGCAAGGAAUUCUGACUGUUAUUCCGAUGCAACUGCUGUCGUUCCACAUUGCCGUGUUACGUGGCUGCAACGUCGACUGCCCACGAAAUCUCGCCAAAUCCGUCACUGUCGAGUAGUAAUAGUCUAUCGAAGCGGACAAUCAAACAUUCCGGUCGGGAAAUACGACGUGAAUCGGCUGUGGACGCAAAUCGUCGAAAUUAGCAAUCGAGCACGUGAAACAAAAAAAACUAAAUUAAUCUGAGAUUCUUAGCUCGCUUUGACACACCCUUAUCUUUCCUUUCGUUGCUUUUACUGUACCCGAUGUAAACCUGCAUUUUAUGUUUCUUUCCUCUUCGUUCCUUCCAACGAAGAUUUUUAAUUAAUAUUAUUUUGUUAGACUACGUAUAUAUGUUUAUCUUAAGGCACAAUUCUUUCGUAACGAUGUAUUAGAGACUUAAAUCUAGAAAAUAGAAAAGUUUUUUAUAUAUCAUAAUGCUUAUCACGAAGAAAAUUCAAUAUCAGACUUGAAAUGAGAAAUUGCGACAUACAUAUUUGUAAAUAUAUAUUCCACGUUAUUUUUGUAAAUCUGAUAGCCAUCGUAUUUGCGUUUUGUAUUGGACUGUAAACAAAUCUACUAUUAUCCUUCUUUAGUAUAUGCUUAUUAGCUUUCUUUUGUAUUUUUUUUUUUUUUUGGACUUGGUUAAUCAAAUUUGAUGAUCGAAAAGUAUAUAUGUUAAAAGAUUCAUCUGAAAUAUAAGCUUUUGUAAUUUGUAUUGGCACGAUAUAGACUACACUGAAGACUAUGGUCGACGCGAGAUGUAAUAUAGUGAGUUGCGACAUCUUGUUUGACAACACCGUUCAAUGUAUACCUUGAGAUUUAUGUUGCCACUCACAUUAGACAGCUCGAGCAGUGUCUAUAAAUGACAAUAAAUAUUACGUUACAUAUAUACUCGUGUCUUUCAAUCGAAUCAACCUCUCACACACUCGAUAUUCGCACUCGAGAU